AUGGCCGUCACCGCCGCACCCCGCGACCGCGUGGUCCAUGUGCCCUCUCUCGGUGCAGAUGGACCGCGCGAGCGCUCCCCUUCUCCUUCCUCACCGCCACUCAUCUCCCCCAGCACUCUUCCUCCCGAAGAUGACUCCAAGGUCGAGGUCUCGCGAAUCGAAGCUAGCGACUUUACCGGCGUCACCUUUAGCCCCGAACUAUGGAUGCAGCGGAGGCACUGGGCGCUCGAUGUACUCCGCAAGGAAGGCGUUCGCUCAGUAAUGGACAUUGGAUGCGGGCCAGGCUCGCUUCUCCAGACGCUCGUAAUGCCCCCCAGCACCAUUAGCGAGAAGCCUAUCCGGGGCGACGACGGAACCAUUCCAGACGGCAAGGAGCUGUUCAUCCGCCGCCUGGUUGGUGUCGACAUUGACCCUGCCGUCAUGACGUCGGCUCUGCAAACCCUCGCAGCGCCCUUGAAGGUGGAAGAGAGUCUGAUCCGCAAUCCCCCGCCUUCAAUCCCCCGGUGGGAGCCUCUCGACACGGAGCUGUGGCUCGGUAACAUUGAGCUGUACAACUCUAGACUCGAGGGCUACGAGGCCAUCGUUGCACUCGAGGUUAUCGAGCACUUAGAGCCCAACCUCCUCUCACGCUUCGGCGUUGUCACUAUGGGCACGUACCGGCCGAAGCUGCUUCUCGUCAGCACUCCAAACUUUGACUUCAACGCCAAGUUCCCCAAUCACCACGACGAACACCACCAUGGUUGCGGCAAGCGCGGUUUUGUUGACCCGACGGGGCGCACGGACCGUGUGUUCCGUCAUUCUGACCACAAGUGCGAGAUGACAGCCGACGAGUUCCGCCGCUGGGCCGAGUCGGCAGCGGCCGACUGGGGAUACACCGUCGAGGUCAGCGGUGUCGGCAUUUCCAACAAGCCCUCGUUCUAUCCCCCCAAGGAAGGCAGGAAGCCUAGGCCUAUCUACGCGACGCAGACGGCUGUUUUCCGUCUGGCGACCGGAGUCCCUAUGCGCUCGCCUCGCAGCGUCCGCACAGUUGAUCUCCCGUUCAUGCUGGGUGCGAGCGAGAGUGCGCAUCCACAUAGACUCGCUGCCAAGGCGCGCCAUCCGCCAACCAUCUUCCCCGCACCCGGCGCACCCAUGUCGCCUGAGGAAGUGUCUGAGGGCGUGCACACGGCGUUUGCGAGCGUCUCGGUCAACCGCCUGAGACUCUCCGAGCUGUGGGCGAUGAGUGAUAUUGCGCCGAUGUGCUGUGGCUCGAAGCGCUACUUCGUGGCCUGCCUUGGCGGAUGGGGCGAUUGCCCGUCCGUGCACGAAGACUCGGGCUUCAAGGUCUUUGAGAAGGACAACAGCCUUUGGGUCGAGCCCAAGUAG